CUUUUUUUCGAUUGGCCAGAACAGUAUAAUCUUUAUUUUUUGGAGUGGGGCUGAUCAGGCACGGGUUCGCGUCAAAUCCCAGGCUGAUCUGAUUCUCGAGCUACCGUUACCCGCCCACUUCCUUAUUUAAAACCCGUCACUUUUUCCCCACGUCUUAAUCUUCCAUCUUCAUAACAUCCAUCCAUCCCGCUCUCUGCAUAUCAGCCUCAUCGCACGAACUCGUGUCAACUCUACAAUACCAAAACACUUAAUCUUUACCCACUUCUCAACCUUUAUUCAAUAUGACUGGACGCGGCAAAGGUGGCAAGGGCCUCGGAAAGGGAGGUGCCAAGCGUCACCGAAAGAUUCUUCGUGACAACAUCCAGGGUAUUACCAAGCCCGCUAUCCGACGUCUCGCUCGUCGUGGUGGUGUCAAGCGUAUCUCGGCCAUGAUCUACGAGGAGACCCGUGGUGUCCUAAAGUCCUUCCUUGAGGGUGUCAUCCGUGACGCCGUCACCUACACCGAGCACGCCAAGCGCAAGACCGUCACCUCUCUAGAUGUCGUCUACGCCCUGAAGCGACAAGGCCGCACCCUUUACGGUUUCGGUGGUUAAGCCAUAAGGGAAUCGGGGGGUCAACUACACAGAUUUGCCUGACGAGGCAUAA